AUGUUAUAAAUUUUCGUUUUUUCUAUUUUGUCAUAAUUGACAUUUGGAUUUAAUGUGUUAAAGCCUUCCUUUGUGGAAAGAAAUAGAGUAGAAAUGUCAUUCAGUUAAAGAAUGAGUUACAAUUUUGGAAAUAAUUUUAACAUGUAUACAAGUGAAGGAGUUGUAAUAAAUGAUAAUUCAAUAUAAUUUGAAAAACCAGGCAGAUUAGUUAUGAAUAUUCCUUUGGUUGAAGGAAUUGAUUAUGCUCUUUAAUUUAAAUUGAACAGUUUGAAUGCAAAUCAUAUUGCAUGUAUUGGAAUUGGAAGUUAAGGAUUCAUUUUAUCAGAAGUUUUGGGAAUUGAAAAAACAAAUCUUAGUCAUUUUUAAUUAGGAUAUUGUAGUGAUGGAACAAAUUCUACAUAAUACCCUGAUAUGUAUACAGAUUUUAAUGAAUUUGAUUAUUAUUCUGAUGAAGAAUUUGAUGAAAUAGAUUAUUCAUUUGGUGAAUCAUAAAUGACUAAUGUUUUUGGAUAAAAAGAAUUCUAUAUGGUUUUAAGAGAGAGAUAAUUAAUAUUUAUGGAUAAUGAAGAGUACAAAAUUUAGAAUAAUUUAGUUCUAUUUUAACUAUUUUCAAUGAUUUAGAUAGAGCGAGAGCAUUUGUUCCAAUUAUUACUAUGCAUUAUAGAAAUGAAAUAUAAAAAAAAUUAAUAAAAAAAAGAGAGUGUGUUGUAAAAGAGGAAUAUGCAAUUUUAUUAUAAUUGGUAGGAUAAUUAAAUCCAUUUAAAAGGGAAAUGCCUCCUGAAAUGAAAGCUUAGAAAGAAUAAGAAAAAAAGAAAAAAGAAACUGAUUUAGCAAAAAUGUUAAAAUAAAAAUAAGAUGAAAAUGAAAAUGAAGAUGAAAAUCAAUAAGAAGAAGAAUAAGAGAAGAAGGAGGAAAAAGAAGUAACAGAUGAAGAUAUAAAAAAAGAAUAACAAGAUGCAAUUAAAAGAAGUGAAGAAACUAAAAAGAUGCAUGAAGAAACACAAAAUUAAGGUGAAGAAUCUAAUGAUUAAGCAACAAUGGCAAUUACAUAAGGAGAAGAAGAAAAUAUAAGUGAAGAGAAUGCUCUUAAUUAAUAAGAUGAUCUAUUAGAAGGAGAAGAAGGUUAACUAAUAGAUUAAUAAAAUGAUGGAGAAAAAGGAGAAAAGGAAGAAGAAAAUAAAUCAGAUUAAAUUAUUAAUAAGGGAGAUUAAUAAAAUGAAAAUGAAUUGACUGAUGAAUAAUAAGCAUAAAAAAAUGAUGGCAAUCAAUAAGAUACUUAAUAAGAUUAAAUAUCAAUUGAUGGAGAUUAAAAUUAAUCAGAAAAUUAACAAUUAGAAGAUUAAGGAGAAUUUUAAUCCUCAGAAUAGAAUGAAUAAUAAAUGAAACCUGAAGAUGAUACUACUGAAAGUAUUGCUAGUGUUUUAGAUAUUUAAUCUCAUAUUAUAUAUGCUACUUAAUUCACUAGAGAAAUUGUACCAUUAAGAAAUAGUGUUGUAGUAGAAAAUAAAUAUACUGUUUUUUAAGAUAAUUAAAGAUUAGCAAAACCAUUAUAAGAUUAUAAGAGUUGUGGAUAUUCUUAUUUAGAUAUUCGUCCUUCAUAAAAUAAUUUUUUUGUUUAAAUAUAGAUUGAUAAUAUUGAUGACUUAUAUGAUGCUUAUCCUAUAGGUUUUGGAGUAUAUGCUUAUUAAAUGCUUGAUAGAUUAAAAGGAUGGAGAAAUUUAGAUGAUUAACUUUGGUGUAUUGAUAAAGAGAGUGAAGAUUUAUGGCAAUUUGGUGCACUUUAUAGAUCAGAUGGUACAUUUAUUGAUAGUUAUAUGUUUGGGGAAUAUUUUAAAUAUAAAGUAGAUAAAUAAGCAUAAAGAUAAACUAAAAUUAAUAUUUAUUUUUCUAAUAAAAAUAGAGUUGCAUUUAGUUUUGAUGAUGAUAAAACUAUUAUGUUAACAUGUGUAAAUCCAAAAUUUAAAUAUUAUGUACCUAUAUUUGAAACUAAAGCUUAUAAAGGUGUUCCUUCUAUGACAUUAUUACAAUAUAUUGAUGAUAUAUAAAUUCCAUUUGAAUAUUCUGAUAGCAUAGAAAAUAUUUAAAAUGCUUUUAGUAAAAUUUUUAGUCUUAUUAAUAAAUUUAUAAUUGAAAAAAGAGGUUCAUUUAAUGAAGAUGAUGAUGAUUACACUAUAUCUGGAAUAGAUGAUACUAAAAGUGCAUCUAUUAAUAUGUGGGAUAUUAAAUUAUAUGAUUCUUAAUAUGAAUGGUGGAUUAAAAUUGAUGACUUAAAAUAAGAUAAAUAAGAUAUUAAUAUGUGUAUUGGAAUUAACUAAAUGAGUUCUGAAGAGAUAAUAACAAAUCUAUUUGAUAAAUAAUACAAAGCAUAAGUUGCUUAUAUUUGUGAUAAGAAUGAUUUUAUUCAUACAUUUUUUUAAGAAUGUCCUAUAAGUUCAAAUCCUAUUCUAUUUGUUCCAGGAACUGUUUUAAGAUUUAGAUUAAGUGAUUAUUUGAUGGAAGUUUAUGAUGGUUAUUAAUUUGCUUAUUUCUCUUUAAGAAAAGCUGGAAAAACUGGAGUAAUUCCAAGUGCAAUCAUUAGAUCUGAUUCCAAAAAUAAAAUCACAUUCUUAAAAGGUCCAAUCAAUUUUGGACCUAAUCCUUUAGCUGAUAGAGUUGAUUAUGAAUAAUUAAAUAGAGAAAACUUUGCUAGUUAUGAUAUAUUUACAUUCCCAAUUUUAGAAAAUGCUAAAAAUGGAUUAUUUAAAUCUAAUACUAAUGAACCUCUAUUUAAAAAAAAUUAAAUACCAAAACCAGGAAAAAGAGAACCUCCUCUUGGUAGAAAUUAUGAUAUAGAACAAGAAGAUUAAAAAAUAGAGGAAUAAAUUUCUAAUUAAGAAUAAAAUUAAGAAGUAGAAAAGAAAAAUGAAAAUGAAAAUGAAGAAAGUCAAAAGUUAACUUCAUCUAAUGUUCCAACUGAAGCUCAUGCAGAUAUUUGUAUUAUAUUAUUUUUACUUUAGAUGGAGAUACUAAUGUUAAAUGUUUGAUUAUAUAUGAGCAUUGUGAUUUUGAAGGUCCAAGCAAAUUAUUAUAUCCAAAUAGAUUUGAAGCUGGUCCACCCAAUGAAUUUAGAUCUUUUGAACUUUGUCGUGACACAAAACUCAUUGAAAUUAUUAUUGAAGGACAUGUUCAAGAAAAGAUGUUUGUGUCUCAAUCAGUAGAAUGUCUCCCUAGUCCAUUUUUUGUAGAUGAAAUUAUUAUUAUAUGA